CCUCAUCCAUCCAUUCAUCAUCCAUUGAUCCAUCCCCAUCCAUCCCUCUGGUUAUCCCUGUCUCCAUGCAUCCCAUAUCCCCGCUGCGGUACCUGGCACCAUGGCUCAUCUCCUGCGCACACCGGUGCAUGCCCAGCAGCAGCCUCCGCUCCUCCACCCGCGCCAGCAGCAGCACCAGUACCACCAGUGUCACCACCAGCUCCAGGUCCAGGUGAGGGAACUUCCUGAGGAUGAUCCUGAUUGGAGCCUCCAUGGAUUUGUCGCUCAGGAAACGCGGCCGCGUCUUGGGGUCGGAGCAGGUCUGGGGGGGACCAAGGGACCCCGUUGCCAUAGCGACCCCUUCGCGUCCCCAGCGGACACCGUGUCGCCCCCUGGCGGCCGUUGCCAUAGCGACGCGUUGGUGCCUGAGGCCCCAUGGAUCCGGAGUCGCUCGUUCAGUGCCCGUUCGACGGCAGCCACCGGGUGCGGGCGUCCAGGCUGCCCUACCACCUGGUGCGGUGCGAGCGGAACCACCCGCAGCUCGCGCGCUCCCUGGCCACGUGCCCCUUCAACGCGCGCCACCGCGUGCCCCAGCCCGAGCUCCGGCGUCACGUGACGGAGUGCCCCGACCGGAGACACGAGAUGGAGCUGCCCCCCCUGAAGAGCUCUCAGCAGCCAGAGGUGCCCUGGAAGGCCCCCCCGUGCCAAGAGGACUGGGAGGCUGAGCUGUCCGGCCUGGAGGACCCUGAGCCCUUCAUCCUCAACCCCUGCAGUAAGGAGCUGCUCCUGCCCUGGGACAGCUCCCCGCCAGCAGCCCCCAGGAGCCGGCACCGAGUCGCGGGACCCCCCCGGGGGGGGCCUGGAGCCAAACGGGACCCGGGCCCCCCCCAACACCGGGGGGGGACCCCAAGAGAUGCGGGGGGGGGGCCCCCCCUUUUCAAUGGGGUUCAUCAAUAA